GACCUCCUCCCCUAUUGCACUCUUUGCUCCUGACGGAUCCGGAUGUCACUGCUAUCAGUUCGAAGCAGCCACCGGAGGCUACAAUCUUCCCUACUCACAAAAAAAUUGUUCUGGAAUGAAUUUCCUGCAUGCCGGCGAACGCCAGGCACGUUAGACCUGUGCUUCACUCCCCAUUUCUUCAUUGGGCUCUUAAACGAUUCUACUAACCACCAUGUCUCGAGACUCAGAGAGCAUGCAGAAGAGUAAUCCAGCUCUCCAGCCACCCCCAGUACAUCCAGCUCUGCGUAGCGCACCAGCUUCUAAUACCUCUCCCCGUGUUCUCCCACCGAAACCCCCACCGAGGCCCCCACCGAGACCUUCUCCCUCCGUGCAGCCUACUCACGAUGAUCGCGUCGUACAGAGCGAACCAGGACUUCCUGUCUAUAUGCCCGGAUCCGUAGAUGCGUUCGAACCUGCGAAAGUCGACCCUCCUACAGAGGCGUCCUCCAUUUUGGACGACUUGCAUGAAGAAGACUUAUCGGAAGUUGAGCUGAGGGAACUGUAUGACAGCGAAGAGAUUGACCAUUUCUUACACCUCUUUCAUACCGUAGUAUGUAUCAGAAGUGAAAGUUUCUGGACAAGCCGGUUCCGAAGCCUCGUUACCUCAGAGCGACGGUAUUAUUGAGCUGCAAGAAGUCAAAACAGACGAUGUCCCUUCCUCUGAUGCUGAUUCAGUGACAAUGCCUCCUGUUGCACCGAUACCUGAACUCACUCUUUCAGAAUGGUUCGCAUCCCAGUUACUCAAAAUGCUUCCGCCACAACAACAACAAUUUCCCUCAUUCUCCGUGAAGAGACUACGCAUGACAAUGGAACGUACCUACCUGGCCUUAGGACCGCUAUACCUCAGUGUCUUCGGUCGGUUGGCACGUCUUGCAACUUGGCAAGAAUACAACACCAGUCUUGUAUGCUGUGUGGUGAGUGCAGGCAACCCAAUGUCGAACCAUAAUUUUAUAUGUCACCCUAAGCUGUAUUGGAUACUCUGGUAUCAUGGUCUAUUGAUUUCUGGAACGUGCGCCCGCAUCCUAUUUUCACUUAUCAGACGAAGAUACUUGCCAUACCCUACGCUUGCCGAAUUGAGGCAACAUAGGAGUCAGGUCGACCGUGCUGAACAAUUCAGCGUUGGCUUAUCCAUGCGGCUCGCUGCUUCUCCGUCAUUCGGUGUCACGGACGCAUGGCAACUCUUCCGAGAAUUCAGGAGCAGAAAACGAACGAAGGGGAAGGACAUGCCGGUACCUGUGUCGACACUCGAAAUCGUGGCAGAAUCGCCUGAUGUCGAGGACGGUGUGCCCAUUGUGUCAGAGGAAACAAUAGGCAUCACUUCAAAUAUGACUCCAGACGAGAUUGCAAUGGCUCAGAAGGCGUUAUUCAUCGUCAUUCAAAUUGCCGAUUUGCACGAGCGAGUGAAAAACAUCUUCCUUUGGCGUCGACCAUCGGCAUCCAUGACCUUCGCAUUUGCGUUGAUAGGCGUGAUAUUCGUCACUGCUCUCCCGGCCAAGUAUCUCGUGAAGAUGUUGGGACUGGCGAUAGGCUUACUCUAUUGGCACGUAAUACCUGUUAUUGCCGCCAUACCACCUUUGGAUAGAUUGAGAUUCCCUGCGCCUCUAAAGCGAGUGCCUACGGACGCAGAAUACGCUAUGGAGUUGAUUUCUCAGAGGGUUGCAAGUGGUCUAGACGUCAAACCAAGGCGCCGUAAAGCUUGGAGAUCAGAUUCCUCAAAUUUUUCAAGCCCUGAUUUCGACCAACCUUCUGUCCAAGGAAGUCCAAGGAUGGAUAAAUGGACAGGUCAUGUUACUACUGCGAGGGACUAUGUGAGCAACGUCAAGGAUACCUUUAAGAGUGGUCAGUGGAAAGACCCAGGGCGUUGGCACGUGUUCAACCCAUUAUCAACCUCUGCUGCUCUUCCCGAGCGUGGGUUGCAGCGUAAAGUAGACACCCGCACUUUUCCUGCGCAACAUGGAAAGAGUACCGGGUUGAUCACUCUAACUCCAUCCACGCUAAUCUUCACUUCUGCUAUAUCUUUGACACCUAAGUUGACCAUCGAUUUGAAACAGAUUGUGGGUGUGCAGAAGUCUGGUCUUGUCAGUGGCUUGCAUCUACGGUGGUCUUGCGUGGAUGAUGAAGGUCGCGUCGAAGAAAAGGACGAGAAAUUUGCCUGGGUUGGAGGAAGGGACGAGUUAUUCACACGGCUUGUUGGAUCACAGAGUGGUCGCUGGGUCAUCGGGUAAACCUUCAUUUUUCAAAUCUAUGCUUUCUUAAUGUAUGAUACGUGCGAUGCUGACUAGGACUGGUUAGCUGCUAGACAUAUGUGUGCGACAAUCUAGAGAUUUUGCCCAGUCAGGCAGGUGUCAUUCUCCACAUGUCAAUGACCUGUCUUCUCCGACAUAAAUUAAAACGUCUGCGUC